AUGCAGGUGACACCUGAUAAUUUUAGCCAUCCAUUAUUGUUAAUUACGUCACUUAAAGGUAUUUACAAGGCAGUUGGAACUGCUAAACAUCUGCUGGUGGGAUGUAAGGUACUCCUGGACAGCGGUCAAUACUCGCGUCGUCACGAUAGGGUUUUAGAAGUCAUACGUGAAGCGGUUAGUCUUUCGGUAGCCAGAGCGCAAAAGGAAAUUACCACAAACGAACGAUCAGUAGGUUUUGUGAGAGAAGGCACUAGGGCUACAAAAUCAAACGUCAAGCCUUACUCCAUCCUUAAAGCGGCGUCGGAUUGGACUAUAAUGAUGGACACGUAUGAAAAACAAUAUAAAAUCCCCGAGGACAUUUGUGCGUCGGCCUCCAGACCGGAUAUAUUUUUGUUUUCGCGAAUUUUAAAGCGCGUAGUGAUGAUAGAGCUUCCGGUCCCUUGGGAAACCAACAUCCCCAAAGACCAUACCAUCAAGGUCAACAAAUAUUACGAGCUCACAAACGAACUCACUCGAAAUAGGUUCGUAGUAGAUUUGUACGCGGUGGAGGUGGGAGCGAGAGGUAUAACAGCGAAAUCUCUCUAUAACCUACUAAAGGACUUGGGCUUGUCCAGAACUCACAUUAAUGCAUUCUUGGAACGUACAUCGAAGGCAGCCCUAGUAGGUUCUUUUCAAAUUUGGUUAGGUAGGGAGAGGAGCUUGGACAGUGGAGGUGAGCGUAUAACGCGCGUUAGUUAA